GUUUGCUCGUGGUGAAAUGGCGACAUGAGGCUGCGUGAUGGAGUGGCAAAAUAGAGGGAAGCUAACUGAAGUUAUCCUUCAUCAUUUGACCGACUCAGAUUAAGUCUGAGGCCGUUAACGUCAACAGUGAGGACAACAGUGAGGACAAACCCAGCCUGCCACUCUCCCCCGUCCAAACCUACAGUUACUGGGUCCUGAUUGUGACAGUGGAGCCCAGUUUGCUCUGCAGGAUCCAGAGAUGGCAUCAGUGAAGCUGGAAGACUGCAGUCAAACACUGGAGCUGAAUGUCAACAUUAAAAAUCAAGAGGAGGAGGAGAAGAUUAGGGCAACUGUUAGUCAUGGAUACCAUGUUGAGACAUUCUCCACAUCCAGAGAGCAACAGCAGGAAGAUCAGAGAACUAAGAGGUCUCAUCACUGCCCACAUUGUGAAGAGAUUUUCCCAUUUCUAUCAAAGCUAAAAAUACACCUAAAAAUACACACAGGAGAGAAGCCUUACUCCUGCUCUGACUGUGGAAAAUGCUUCAAAAAAUCAACGGUGUUAAAACUUCAUCAGAGAACACACACAGGAGAGAAGCCUUUCUUCUGCCCUGACUGUGGAACUCGUUUCUCUCAGCUUUCCCACUUAAAAUCACACGAACUUGUACAUACAGGAGAGAAGCCUUUCUUCUGCUCUGACUGUGGGGCGAGUUUCUCUCAGCUGAGCACCUUAAAAAAACACCAACGUAUACACACUGGAGAGAAGCCUUAUUCCUGCUCUGACUGUGGAAAAUGUUUUAAAACAUUAUUUGAGCUAAGAGUUCAUCAGAGAACACACACAGGAGAGAAGCCUUACGUCUGCUCUGACUGUGGAACUAGUUUCUCUCAGCUUUCCCACUUAAAAUCACACGAACGUGUACAUACAGGAGAGAAGCCUUUCUUCUGCUCUGACUGUGGGGCGAGUUUCUCUCAGCUGAGCACCUUAAAAAAACACCAACGUAUACACACUGGAGCGAAGCCUUAUUCCUGCUCUGACUGUGGAAAAUGUUUUAAAACAUUAUAUGAGCUAAAACUUCAUCAGAGAACACACACAGGAGAGAAGCCUUAUGUCUGCUCUGACUGUGGAAAAUGCUUCACAACAUCAACAUAUCUAAAAGUUCACCAGAGAACACACACAGGAGAGAAGCCUUACGUCUGCUCUGACUGUGGGGCGAGUUUCUCUCAGCGGGGCACCUUAAAAACACACCAAAUUAUACACACUGGUGAGAAGCCUUACUUCUGCUCUGACUAUGGAAAAUGCUUCAAAACAUCAACUGAGCUAAAAGUUCAGAGAACACACACAGGAGAGAAGCGUUAUUCCUGCUCUGACUGUGGGGCGAGUUUCUCUCAGCUGGGCACCUUGAAAACACACCAACGUAUACACACUGGAGACAAGCCGUAUUACUGCUCUGAGUGUGGAACUAGUUUCUCUAAAUCUUCCAACUUAAAAACACAUGAACGUAUACAUACAGGAGAAAAGCCUUACGUCUGCUCUGACUGUGGAAAAUGCUUCAAAUCAUCAUCUCAUCUAAAAGUUCAUCAGAGAACACACACAGGGGAGAAUCCAUACUCCUGCUCUGACUGUGGAAAACGUUUUAAAACAUCAACGGUGCUAAAACUUCAUCAGAGAACACACACAGGAGAGAAGCCUUAUUCCUGCUCUGACUGUGGGGCGAGUUUCUCUCAGCUGGGCAACUUAAAAACACACCAACGCAUACACACAGGAGCGAAGCCUUAUUCCUGCUCUGACUGUGGAAAAUGUUUUAAAACAUUAUAUGAGCUAAAAGGUCACCAGAGAACACACACAGGAGAGGAGCCUUUCUUCUGCUCUGACUGUGGAAAAUGCUUCACAUCAUCAUCUUAUCUAAAAGUUCAUCAGAGAACACACACAGGAGAGAAGCCUUAUUCCUGCUCUGACUGUGGAAAAUGUUUUAAUACAUCAAAUGAGCUAAAAGUUCAUCAGAGAACACACACAGGAGAGAAGCCUUAUUCCUGCUCUGACUGUGGGGCGAGUUUCUCUCAUCUGGGCACCUUAAAAACACACCAACGCAUACACACAGGAGCGAAGCCUUAUUCCUGCUCUGACUGUGGAAAAUGUUUUAAAACAUUAUAUGAGCUAAAAGGUCACCAGAGAACACACACAGGAGAGAAGCCUUUCUUCUGCUCUGACUGUGGAAAAUGCUUCACAUCAUCAUCUUAUCUAAAAGUUCAUCAGAGAACACACACAGGAGAGAAGCCUUAUUCCUGCUCUGACUGUGGAAAACGUUUUAAAACAUCAAAUGAGCUAAAAGUUCACCAGAGAACACACACAGGAGAGAAACGUUACGUCUGCUCGAACUGUGGAACUAAUUUCUCGCAACUUUCCCAUUUACAAUCACAUGAACGUAUACAUACAGGGGAGAAGCCAUACUCCUGCUCUGACUGUGGAAAAUGCUUCAAAACAUCAAAUGAGCUAAAAGUUCACCAGAGAACACACACAGGGGAGAAGCCAUACUCCUGCUCUGACUGUGGAAAAUGUUUUAAAACAUCAAAUGACCUAAAAGUUCACCAGAGAACACACACAGGAGAGAAGCCUUACGUCUGCUCGAACUGUGGAACUAGUUUCUCUCAACUUUCCCAUUUACAAUCACAUGAACGUAUACAUACAGGAGAGAAGCCUUUCUUCUGCUCUGACUGUGGGGCGAGUUUCUCUCAGCUGGGCUCCUUAAAAACACACCAACGUAUACACACUGGAGCGAAGCCUUAUUCCUGCUCUGACUGUGGAAAAUGUUUUAAAACAUUAUAUGAGCUAAAACUUCAUCAGAGAACACACACAGGAGCGAAGCCUUAUUCCUGCUCUGACUGUGGAAAAUGUUUUAAUACAUCAAAUGAGCUAAAAGUUCAUCAGAGAACACACACAGGAGAGAAGCCUUAUUCCUGCUCUGACUGUGGAAAAUGUUUUAAAACAUCAAAUGAGCUAAAAGUUCAGCAGAGAACACACACAGGAGAGAAGCCUUACGUCUGCUCUGACUGUGGAACUAAUUUCUCGCAACUUUCCAACUUAAAAUCACAUGAACGUAUACAUACAGGGGAGAAGCCAUACUCCUGCUCUGACUGUGGAAAAUGCUUCAAAACAUCAAAUUAGCUAAAAGUUCACCAGAGAACACACACAGGAGAGAAGCCUUACGUCUGCUCUGUGGAAGGGUGGGCGUGUAACUCAAACUUCUAGCCAAAGGCUGCUGUGUUUAGAAUCUCAUCAAGGAGGACUGUAGCAUUUUAGCUAAUCAGCAACUUUGCAACUACUUACUACUUUUUAGCUAUUACUUAGCAUGUUAGCUUAGCAUGCAACUUUGCAACUACUUACUACUAUUUAGCUAUUACUUAGUAUGUUAGCAUAUCAUACAUAUUACAAGUUCGUAACAUAUUGUAUGAAUAGCGAUGCGUAAAAUAACGUAAGAAUUGUAAUUCGUAACAUACGAUACAUCCUAGAAGUCGUAUUAUACUGAACAAUUUAAACACAACAAUUUCAAAGAUUUAUAGUUUGUAUAAGGAAAUCAGUCAUUUUAAAUAAGAGGCCAUAAUCUAUGGAUUUCACAUGACUGGGCAUGGGUGUGAGAAUAAAGUAGACGGCACGGGUCAAAGUAAUUGAUUUAUGACCCUGUGUCAUGAUGAUGUGUACAUGUCCAAAUAUGGGCCUCCGGCCAGGCCAUCCUGUUCCUGUGGUCACGUGUUAGAGGGUGUGUGUUAUUUUAUAUCUAUAUGGCAUCCUUUGAAGUAGUCAUGGUGAUUGAUGUCUAGGGGCCUGGUUGAACUGGGGGGGUUGAGUGUUUGAACAUUUGAACGUGUAUGUCCCCCACCCCCAGUUUUAUUGCCCUUAUGGUUGUUAUCUGAUGAAGCAGGAAUGUCCUGGGGUAUUGGCUGUUGCAUAUGCAUUUUAAAUAUCCAGAACAAGGCCUGUCACAAAUAUUACCGAAGGUGGCUCCCCUUCUUGUUCGAGUGGCGCUCGGCGGUCGUCGUCGCCGGGCAACUCGCUGCCACCGAUCCUUUGUUCCGUGUUCGUUUGGUUUUGUCUAAUUGGUUUCACCUGUUCAUUGAUUGGUUGUUAGGGUUGGUUAUUUAAGUUUGUUUAGCCCGCUUCUGUUUGUGCGGGCUUGUUCUUCUGUAUUUGUGAGAGGUGUUAGUGUUUUGUUGGGUUUUCUCGCUGUCCUGGUAUUUUACCUAAGGGUACUAUUUUGUUUUUAUAGUUACGCCUGUGUUGGGAAUAACUAUUUUGUUCCUUUGAUUUUGGACAUUAAAGUGUGUUUUUUCCCACA